CAACUCUAGUUUGCAAUCGGUUGGUCUUUUUCUUCAGUGUUUUACUUUUUUCGAGAAGAUUGUAAAGAAAUUAUCAGUGUUUUAAUUGAUUCGAAAACUAAUAAAAACUGUAAAGGAUAAAAAAUGAACUGGUACAAAGGUAACAUUGCAGAGGCAGUCGCGGAAUCGAAGGCAAAAAAUGCAAUUUUCGUUGUUUAUGUUGAAGGCAAAGAUGAGUCAACACAAAAACUUUCCAACUUUAUUAAUGAUCAGAAAAUACGUGAUAAAUUGGAAUCUGCUGAUUUUGUCGCUAUUAAAAUCGAAAGUGACAGUCAAGCGUAUAUGCAGUUUGCAACAAUUUAUCAAGUAGUGCCGGUACCAUCAAUUUUCUUCAUUGGGAAAACAGGCACUCCUCUCGAAAUAGGAACUGGCAUAAUUGCUUCCAUUACGGAACUUGAAGAAAAAAUUAAUAAGGUACUUACCUUAUCCGGUCAUAGCACACCCUCUACGCAGUCAUCGACUACUUUCAUUACCGCCGAACAAAAUGCGUCAGCUACGAAAUUGACUACCCAAAAAGAGCCUAAGGACGCACAUUCAGUCGACAAUGCAGCACCCUCCACAAGCAAGCCAACAACAGAAACAGUUACUAUAGUCAAGCAGGAUGAACAGACUGAAAUUGUUUGUGACGGUGACGUCUGUUACAAGAAACCCAAAGAGCAAAAAGAAGAUAUUGUCCCGGCAGUUGAAGAACCCCAGAUAUCAACUAAUCGGACUGAGAGUCCCAAUGAAGUUGAUAAAAAAGCACAAUUGGAGGAGACUAGAAAAAAGAUGGAAGAGCAGAGAAGAAAGCGAAUUGAAGAAGAAAAGCAACUGGAGAAAGAUCGGGAGUUGAGGCGCAGACGUGAGGGUAAAGAAAUGCAAAGCCUACAGGAAUGGCAACGCGAGCAAGAAUUGAAGGAAUUAAAGGAAAAUAUACGACGUGAAAAACUCGAAGAAAUGGCUGCGCGAGAAAGAAUACGAGCACAAAUUGCUGCCGAUCGUGCCGAACGAGCACAAAAGUUUUCGUUGCCUAGUGAUGCGUCUGCACCUGGAACAAGUUCAGAAUUUGGAACUUCAAGCGGUUGUAGCCCCACUGUAAAUCCAGUUGCCCCAGAUAGCACUAGAAUACAGUUCCGGUUUGCUAGUGGUAACACCGCUACACAUGUGUUUAAUUGCCAGGAUACACUCAGCAAAUUACGCGAGUAUGUACGUACAGAUUUACUGCCUGGUACUGGCAUUAAAGAUUUCACCUUGGCUACAACGUACCCAAAGCGUGAACUUAAUGUCGAACAUGAUGUACAAACCCUUGCUGAGCUGAACCUCUUUCCCAGUGCAGUUAUAUUGAUCAUUGGCAAAGAGAGUACAAGUAGUCCAGCAGCUAUAAUAGCGCGCUCCGGUGGGCUGCUGAACAUAUUCACUACGCUUGUGAUGGCUAUACUUUCUCCAGUUUUUUCUGUUUUUGGUUAUUUGAAAAAUAUUGCAACCGGUGGAGGUCAAAGAAACAACAAUGAGUCUGGCGCGAGCAAGCGCGCAAAUGAGGAAGCUGGAGCACAACAUGAUGCCGCGAAACGUCGUAAUAUGGAACGUUUUGGAGGUGGUGCUACCGGUGGAUCCGUCUUGGGUAACAAUUCGAGCAUAUCGGAUGAUGCCGACAAAGGCGAAUCGAAACCGUAUCGUCGUUACGGUAGCUCAAAUAUACAUCGCUUGACAGACCAUAAAGAUUCAGAUGAUGAAAAUGCAACUUGGAAUGGAAAUUCCACGCAGCAACAAUAGAUAGUUUAACGAAACGUAGACUAGAAUAUAACUCAUAAUUUAAAUAUCUAUUACGCAUAGUUUUCUUUGAAAUAAAAAUUAUUGGUAAAGAACAAUAUAAUAUCUAUUCGAUUUAAUCUCUACGUGUUUUAAAGCGAUUUCGUUUACUAUUAACGUCAUUUUUGAAUGCUUUCAUUGUUCAACAAAACAUAAUACGUCUGGCAACGCGUUUAGCACUUAAAUGUCUCCAGCUGUCACGCCGAAUGCAACUCUGUAUGCGCUGAUUAGAAAAAAACUGGAAGUUUUGACGUUUCCAUCGCACAUGUUCGAGCUCAUAUACAACAUGUAUUUCAUUUUUCCAAGGCAUCGCAACGUGUUCGUUUGAUUCUCAAUUCUCUACGCUGGUGGAUAGUCAAAAAGGGUGGCUGCAAUCGUAAAAAAAACGGCAAGUGAAUUGGUUGAUAGCGCGGCGUGUAGCAAAUUUCCACAAAAAUUUGUGUACUUAUUUUUCUGCAAAAGGCAAACAAAAGCAUUUCACUUGUAAAAUCAAUUAGCUUUUACAAAUACGCAGAAAACGCAUUGCAACAAAGUUUUAGUUUACGAAGUGGAAACGUAAGAGUCGCAUACAGUGCAUAUAGAUUACAACAAAAAAAGUUGAAAAAAAAAAAUCACAAGCAAAUGAAAAAGUUGGUGUAAAUGUGAAGUUAAAAA